CAGGUUUUCAACUUCUCUAAGUCAGCAGUUUCUACCUCUAUAAAUGGGGCAUAUACCAGUGCCUCCCUCACUCAAUUGUUGGGAAAGCAUUUAGAUGAUGGUGAUGCUUCUCAGGCAGCCCUGUGCCCCAGGUGCCAGCAAAAUCAGGAGUUCUCUGACUGAUGAAGAAGAGGGCAGCCAGGAAGAGCCAGAGAACACACCCUACCCCCUCUGCCCAGAGCCUGGGAAUCAAGCCUGUGCCGGGGGCCCAGGCCCAGCAGGUUAAGAUCAGGUGACCUUGGCUGUUCCCUGACCUCUCAGAGCUUCAGAUGCCUCAUCUGUGAAAUGGGGAGAAACUCAGCUCAUUGUGUGGCUGUGCCUGAAAUCAUGUCCUGCCCGGUACACAGCAGGCCGGGAUAUAAGCCCUGCAGGGAAAGCGCUGAGCUGAGGAGGAGGCUGCAGCAGUCCAGCCCUUGGGACUCCUCUCGCCUUCCAUUUCCUGAUCUUCUCUCUGCCUCUGGAGCUGUCGCUAUGGUGACAGUGCGCAGACCCUGGCCCGCCAUGGCCACUGUGCUGCUGGGCCUGCUCAUCUGCCUGGGGACACUGGUCGACGCCUACCCCGCCAAACCCGAGGCUCCCGGCGAAGACGCCUCGCCGGAGGAGCUGAGCCGCUACUACGCCUCCCUGCGCCACUACCUCAACCUGGUCACUCGGCAGAGGUAUGGGAAACGUGACAGCCCAGACGCUCUUCUCUCCAAACUGCUCUUCCCUGAAGGCGAGGACCGCCCCGUCAAGUCGUGGCCAGAAGGCGCCUACCUAUGGUGACCACCCCCCAGACUCCUGGGAGAUAUGCUAAUACACCGAUCUCAUUUGCAUGUUUGCUCGCGAUCCCAGAACCAGGAUUCCUCUCCCUGCCUGCUGCAUCUGAGAAGGGUUUGGGGUGGGGUCCUCAUUCCAUUUCUCGGUGCCCUCGCUCCCUGGGUUGGAGGGCGUUGUGCUGUCCUUCCUCGGUCCCUAAAUAAAGAGCAAAUUUCACUCAAA